AUGGACAUUUCAAGGCUCAGCGCUGGAGAUGCACUCCCGCAUGGUGACAUCUAUGGUGUCAGCGUCCACUUGCCUAGAUGGGCUGACACAGUAGCUUGGGCUGAGCGUGACCCAAAACUUCUUCUUAAGUUGAAAACAGGCUAUCCACGAUUUUUCAUACCACGCGUGGUUCUGCAGCUGGGCUCUCGAAUACUUGAAGAGGCUGCCUCUUCGUCGAUACAAAUUCAUUCAGGUUCCGCUUGGUCAGAUGCUCAGACUGUAGUGAGUGGAGAUUCCUUGGCCGUAUCUUCAUCAGUGCUGCUACUGUCGUCUUUGACAGCUGCCCGCAUGUGCCAUCAGUUUUUGUCCCGGAAUGAUUCACAGUACGGCCCAAUUUUGAGAAUUAGAUUUCCCGGGGUCAUUCAUAUUGUUGGAGAUGCAGAUGUUGAGACCGAUCACAUCGUUCCGACCUCCGAUAUAUACGCCGUUACCUACGCGGAAGGCUCUAUUGAUGAAGCGAAAGCCUUCUGGCAACACACCGGGUUCGGCAUCACAUCACGAUGUGCAGUCUACUGGCUACAACAUGCAUUCCAACUUCAACCUGAACUGCCGUGUCGAGAGCUUCCCUCAAAGCUACCUCUGAAAGAAGCGGGCUGCGCUUACACUGCGCUACAAUCACGCAUAGCAUCACAAAUGUCAACUAAACAGGUUGAGGUAUUGUCUAGGGAUGUUAUAUUGUUCCCGACUGGCAUGUCUGCCAUUACUAACAUCGCACUUGGGGUGCGCAGUAUGCAAGAGAAGAAACUUCGAGUUGGACAUGUUGCGGUCUUUGGCUUUCUAUAUGUCGACACCUUCAAAACGCUCAGUCGUAUCCACGACUUCAAAUGUACUCUCUAUGGCCACGCAUCAAGCUCCGACCUUGAUAAACUCAUAGCGGACUUGAACCGUGGCCUUACGAUUGACGCGCUCUAUACUGAAUUCCCCGGGAACCCCCUUCUCGUUGCCCCAGACCUUAAAGAGCUCCAUAGACUGUCCCUCGAGCAUGAUUUCGUCUUGAUAGUUGAUGAUACCGUCGUCACUGCCAUCAACGCUUCACUGUUUCCCUACUGCGAUAUUAUCUGUACCAGUCUCACGAAAAUGUUCAGCGGCGCGUGCAAUGUCAUGGGCGGCUCUGUAACGCUUAACCCGCAAUCACGCUGGUACACGGCUCUACAUGGACACCUCAUUAAACAACCAAAGGAGCCAUACUUUCCGCUAGACAUUCUCGUCAUGGAACAAAACAGCCGCGACUUCUCCUCGCGCGUGGAGUGCGCAAAUCAGAACGCUGAGAUCAUAGUGCAACAGCUUAAACAGCACGACUCCGUCUCUGAAGUAUUCUACCCCAAAGAAAGCGUUUCCAAGGCGCUGUACGACGAGUUACGGCGCCCAGAUGGGAGGUACGGCUUUCUGCUGUCAAUUCUCUUCGUCUCGCCGGCAGCCGCCAUAGCAUUCCACGAUGCACUGGACGUAGCAAAGGGCCCGAGUCUGGGAACGAACUUCACUCUGGCUUGUCCGUAUACGUUGCUAGCUCAUUACCGCGAACUUGAAUGGGCGGCGAAGUUUGGUGUCGUGGAGCAUUUGGUGCGAAUCAGCGUUGGCGUUGAGAGUACUGCAUAUCUUGAAGAAGUGGUUGCAAAGGCUCUUGAAGCAGCUGCUAGUGUGUAG